UGAGGAUGUCCAUCGCCGUAGUUUCAGUUUCCACGAUGCAUUUGACGAGCUAACGCCUCUCCGCUCGUGUCAUAUCCCGGGGAAGCGUUUUCAAAGCCUGCUCUUUGACGGAUUUAUUUGUAUCUUUCGGUCGUUCAUAUCGACGCAGGUUGGCAUCCUGGCAUCCUGGCAUCCUGGCACGGAACAUGAACAUGGCCGCGCUCCUCCCGGAGGUUCGAGGACUUCAGACGGAUGAGGAUGAAUCCAGAAUCUUAAGGGUGAAAGUCAUUGGUGGAAUUGGUUUGGCUAAGAAGGACAUUUUGGGUGCCAGUGAUCCGUACACAAGAAUCUCUCUCUAUGACCCCGUCAAUGGAGAAAUCACCGGUCUACAGACCAAAACCAUCAAAAAGACAUUGGAUCCGAAGUGGAAUGAGGAAUUCUUCUUUAGGGUAAGUGAACGGGUAUUUAUGGAGAUCAUGCUUCUGUCAGCUGGUUGGAGCAUCUUUAACGGGAGCAGGAGCAGUUGCUUUUUGCUGCUCGUUUUUCACUUGUUUGUUUUGGGUUUGCCAUGUCCUGCGUCCCACUGGAUCCCUGGGAAGCUUGAAUUCAUGGCGCGACAACUGCGACUGCAUUUUGCUUCGCGGAGAAGCAACACCGACCCGCUGUCAGAGACUUGCAGCGGUCACGCCGAGGAUAGCGGGCUCACGAAUGCCGGCCGUAGCUCCAGUGAGGGCCUGAUGCAGAGUUCUCUCCACAUGAAAGUGACUCCAGGACAGCUGGCUCUAGCUUUGCCACCCUUGUCACCAGAGUACGGUAACUUACAGCGGCACUCCACUGUAUUCAUCCCUAAGGUGAAUGGGAGCAGGAAAAGCAUGCUGCAGAUCUCCUUGCAGCCUUGCGGAGGAGACGGUGAGCUCGCCAGCUGUGAGAGUGGAAACGGGGAUGGAGGUUCAUGUAGCAGCAGCACCACGAGUGAUGCCGGUUACUGCAGCAGCAACAGCAUAUUCGAAGCGGACGUCCCAGAUCGCAAACCAAUCUCUCGGCGGAAGGCGAGGGCACCCUUGCGGCGCUGCUCGUCCUUGGUGAUUUUCCCGCGGAGCCCAUGCACCACACCACCCGCAUCUCCCGUCAGUCCGACAGUGUCUCCAAUGAUUCCUCCGCUGCCUCCAUCUGCACGAAGUUCCUUUCAGACCUCUCAUCAGAUGCAGCUGUCCAGCGUUGAUGCGUUGCACGAUGACAUGGCCAAGGGAUCCGUCGCCACGGCAGUUAAUGGUCUGCGGCUGUCCAAAACCAGUACGUCAGCAGAACACAGGGACGCCAAACCCAUUGUGCAUUUCAGCGUGCCGCCGGAACAACCACCAGGACCAGAGCGAACGGAAAGACACUCCAGAGUUUUAUUGCACUUCGCAAACCAGCGACCGCUUCCCUCAGGGAAAGGAAGUUUGGCCAAAACAAAGGUUAACAUCGACUGUUCCAAACCUCUCGAGGGCCCACAAACCGACAACGUCGCAGAGCCCCAGAAAGCUAAGCUUUUCCGGAGCACCUCAGCCUGCAUGCUGCCAAGCGGAAGGCCGUCGUCGACGGAAAGAAGACACAACACUUUUCCGACUUGCGGUAAUUCGGAUAAGUCCUCAAGAAAAGGGUUGCAUCAUGUCCUUCACAGGAGUAUUUCUUUGGAGGUACCCUGUGCGAACGCUGAGAUUUCUUGUCACGUUUCAAAUGCUGCAGAUGUGCACUCCAAAAACGGCACUUCGCAUGUACACAUCCAUGUAUCUCACGGCACAGGUGCAAGAAAAUCAAACACCCUGCAGGACAACAGCAUAAACAACAAAACGGAUCAUGUUGCAACCUGCACGGAGAGGAAUGCCACCACGAGAGAUGACUUCCUCGGACAAGUGGACGUUCCUCUGCACCAGAUCCCUACAGAAAAUCUGAACAAUGAAAGGCCGUACACUUUCAAGGACUUCCUGUUGCACCCGAGAAGUCACAAGUCGAGGGUGAAAGGUCAUCUGCGACUGAAGAUGACUUACCUGCCCAAAAACAGCGACACGGAGGACGACCCAGCCGAACAGAACGAGAAUCUGGAUCCUGGUUGGGAGUUUUUGGAGCCUCAUGAAUUAUGCAGUCCUCACCAUCCUCACCAGCUGCCUGCGCUGCCCCCUGGCUGGGAGGAGAGGCAGGACAACCUGGGACGAACCUACUACGUCAACCACGAGAGCAGGACCACCCAGUGGCACAGACCCACCAUCCAGGACAGUCAAAGAGACAAUGAACAGAGACAGGAUACACACAUCGAGUCCCAGCGGGCGUUCCUCACACGCAGACAAAUAUCAGAACACAACGAGAACCACGAGUGCAGAGAGUCACCUGAGAGCUGGGAGAUCAUAACGGCAGAUGAGACCACGCUUUAUAACAGCCACAGCGAGCGCUCGCCGCCGCCUCCCCACUCCCCGAUGGAGUUCACGGGAUUCUGUGAGGAGGUCAGCAGACUGCAGACCGGAAACGACAGACGCACGUCCCUCACGCCGCAGGGUCACGGCAGCCGCAGAGGAAGUGGACAGACCCUGACGGUGGAAGAGCAUCCAGUUCACCCCGUGUUAUUACCCACGUCUGCCGGGCUGCCUCCGGGAUGGGAGGAGAAGCAGGACAGUAAAGGGAGAAUGUAUUACGUCAAUCACAACAGCAGGAUGACAACCUGGACACGGCCUCUCAUUCAGCUCAUACAGCCGCCCUCUGAGGCAUCAGCAGCAGCAGUGGCAGGCGGAGUCAUGUCUCUCUCCCAGAAUCCCUCGGGCUACGCUCCGCCGCCGCUCUCCCCGGAUGUGUCGCCGCAGCACACACGCGCUCACACGCCCGAGCACGCGGGACUAAUGCCGGCCGGAUGGGAGGUGCGCAGCGCUCCAAACGGACGCCCCUUUUUCAUAGACCACAACACUAAGACCACCACAUGGGACGACCCCUGGCUGAAGGUUCCCGUGCACGUGAGGAGGAGAGUCUCCCUUGACCCCACUGACCUCGGCCCACUGCCGGCCGUGCCUUACUCCAGAGACUAUAAACAGAAGUAUGAGUACUUCCGGAAGAAACUCAAGAAACCACACACCAGUAGUGGCAGCGUGAGAGAGAUUGAAAAUGACGUGCAGAAAAGUAGGGUCCGUUUCGUGCACAACUUGAACAAACUACAACAGGACAACGAGUACUUCAACUCCCUCCGAUGGAUCUUGGAGAACGACCCCACAGAUCUGGACCUCAGGUUCACCAUCGACGAGGAGCUCUUUGGACAGACGCACCAGCAUGAGCUGAAACCAGGAGGUGCUGAUAUUGUGGUCAAUGACACCAACAAAAAGGAGUAUAUUCAUCUGGUGAUGCAGUGGAGGUUUGUAGAUCGGAUCCAGAGACAGAUGACGGCCUUCAAGGAGGGUUUCUAUGAGCUGAUUCCUCAGGACCUGAUCAAGAUCUUUGAUGAAAACGAGCUGGAGCUGCUGAUGUGUGGCUUAGGAGACGUGGACGUCAACGACUGGAGAGAAAACACCAAAUAUAAAAAUGGCUACAACCCAAAUCACCCCGCCAUCAUCUGGUUCUGGAAGACGGUGUUGCUGAUGGAUGCAGAAAAGCGAAUCCGUUUGCUGCAGUUUGUGACGGGAACAUCCCGUGUACCAAUGAACGGCUUCGCUGAGCUCUAUGGAUCCAACGGGCCGCAGUUGUUCACUAUUGAACAGUGGGGCACGCGGGACAAACUGCCCCGAGCGCACACCUGUUUCAACCGCUUGGAUCUCCCUCCGUACGAGACGUUCGAGGAGCUCCGUGAGAAGCUGCACAUGGCCAUCGAAAACGCUCAGGGCUUUGAUGGUGUGGAUUAGACUCCGGCUGCCACGGCGACAGCGUAACCAUGGUGACAGCAUCACGACUCUCGUGUGUUUAAAGCGGGCGGCACACGUGUGCAUGCGGCUCUAUGGGAAACAAGGUCCGGCGAACACGGUGUUAUAAAAUCACAAAUCUGUAUGUUUAUGAUGUUUACAGAAUAAGGUUUUGUAAUGUACUCCUGCAUACAGCUGUAUGUUUCUACGUACAAGAUUUCUAAACAUCUAUAGAUUUGAUCAUAUCUAUGCAUUUGAGCAUAAUUAAGGAAUUGUAUAUUUCUAAUAUGAGCUUUUAAGUCACGCAUUAUGGAUGUGCACUGUUUGGCUGAUGAGAUUUCCCAAAAUGCACAAUAUGAGACCAUACUUUUUUUGGGCGAUCUGUACAAAAAAUUUCCUUUUUUUUUUGUUUGUUUUUAGUUGAAAUUCAAAGGUAUCCAGGCAUCAUUGUUUGUACUAUUGCUCUUAAUCAUGACUUUUUCUCACUUUGACUUUGUUUACAGGUUUGUUUGUUUACAGAUAGCCCACUUUUGAAAACCAUAUGCUUAUUAAAAUAAUUUUUUGUACAGCUUGUGAACGUUGAAGCACUUUUCUAAAAACAAACGUUUCAAGUCUUACUAUGUAUAGCUCACCUCAGUCAAGCUGUAUUGUGACAAAUCAUUGCUUCGUAUCAUUUACUAAAUGUUUACAGCUUAAAUAUUGCUUAAAGUAAGCACAUUUUGUCUCGCAAGAAACGUAUUGGACUGUUAAAUAACUUUGCCUUCAUUUUGUAAUAUGAAACUAUUUGAUUCUGUGUGCUGACGAGCAACUUUUAAUGAAGAAACACUUUUAUCGUGGACACUGUUGUAUAAUUAGACACUAUUAUAUGAACGGCCACUGCAUUUCUACAAAGGUUUUUGGCACAGAUGAGAGUGAGUUUCAGAAAGGGUUUUCUAUCAGAGAUUUAUGAGCAAACGUGUCUUUCAUUUUAAUGUCAAUUGUGCUGAUUUUAAUUGUCACGCCGAUCUUUAUGGCUACUUGUUUUUUGAAAAUUAAUAAAUUGAAAACGACUC